AUGGUCUCCUCCAAGCUUCUCGUGGCCGCCAUGGCCACUUUGUCUUUCAGCCGUGCUAAAGCCCAUGGCAAAAAGUACGACUGCUCUGACACGUGCGCAGAAGAGUUGAGAGCGAUCGAAGGCUACGAGGAGGACUGCUACCACUUUCUCUCCAUGGUAGACUCUGGGUCCGCUCGAUACCUCAGCAAAGUCCCUAAGCAGUACAAGUAUAUCUGCCAUGGCAUUGUUGACUUUGUCAAUGCCUGCUACUGCCUUGCCCCCGAGAAGCCUUCUUGCACCAGCGAGGAAUGCGACCCUACCACCACCACCACGGACACUUGCCAGGGUAGCAGUGAUCAGAGCAAUCUCAGGGCUCGGGCGCCUGCUGGCCGACGAGCUAGAGGAAGCAGUGCCACAUUUUAA